AUGACUGGAUGAGACCAAAGUGGAUUUUGUCCAUGCAAUAUCGCUUAUCGGGAUCAUCCAUUGGUGACCAGAAAUCCCGUCCUUGCCAAAAGAUUACGCUUCAACCCGGAACGUUUUGUAGACACUCCAACGGAUACAUUUGGCGAGAUUGAGUUCCCAUCAAACACUUACGUUUCCGAGUACGUGCGUAUUUCAGAGGAGACCGCGUUGCACAACCUAAUGACUUUAUGCGGAACAGUUUGGGCGAUGCCAAGACCCCAACUUAUACUGUCUUUCUACGGAGAUGAAAUUCUUUCAACAGCGAGCAAAGAAAAUUUGCGGAAAUUGAUAUGGAAGAGCAGUGACAGUACACUGACCUGGAUAUUGACCGAUGGUCUUCAGCGUGGUAUCUCGCCCGUAGUGUCUAGCGCAAUCAAAGAGUACAUUGAAGCCUAUGGAUCCGGUCUUGUCGAAGCACUUGGCAUAGUGCCAUGGCGAAAAAUUUAUGGUGCGUCUGAACUCGCCUCAGAGUCAUUUGUGGGCAGAUAUCCGGCUCCUUACACGAACACAAACGAUCAAAUUGGAGCGCAUGAACCUCUGGAUGAUAACAUUACACAUUACUUGUUUGUAGACACGAAAAGUAAAUCAUCCACCGAACGAACACUACUGUUCCGGACCAAGUUUGAAAAGUUUCUCCGUGAGAUGACAAAUGAAGUGGAUGAAGAAAGGCGACAUGGUUUCAGUCAAACUAAAUUGCAAAUGUGUGGGAUAUUGUCAGGAGGAGAUGAGGCAACUCUGACCGCGAUUCACAGUUCCGUCCAGGAUGGUAUGCCAUUUGUACUAAUAAAGAAUACUGGUGGCUUGGCCGAUAUUCUCGUGGAUUGCAUCAAUGACACCGAGGUUGGAGAACGAAAUCGCCGAAAGAAAGCUGUCACGGAGGGUUCCCAAGAAAGUGAAAUGUUCCGUCUCUCCCCAGCAAACAUUCACCAAACUGUGGUAUCCUAUUGGGAAAUAUUGGAGCGCCCGGAGGUAGUUAUCCUGAUGAUUCAGGACUUAUUGGACAAUCUUGAAAUGCUUUGCGUUUGUGAUGCUGAAGAAGAUGAAUUGGACUAUCUUGUCUUGCUUCUGCUGAUUGGACCAGUGCAGGAUUCUCUGGAAGAAAGCGGUGAGAUUAACUAUUCAAAAUUGGAAAUCACUGUGGCACUGAAUCGAAGUGAUGUUGCAAGAGAAAAAGUAUUCCUUUCCGGACUCAAAUAUAACUCCUCGAAGAAAGCUUUGCAGAAUGUUAUCAAACGAUUCAUGAAGCUACCAGAGAAAAUCAGUCUGUUGCUUAUCGGAAAAGUCUUGACCUUGUUACUUGGAAGUCACUUCUACCCCAUCUACUUAGAUCCACAGUUUACUCGAGCGGCCGAAGAAGACGAGGAUCAGCCACUUCCAUUGUGUCCGGCUACCCAUCUGUUCAUCUGGGCUCUGCUGACUGAACGCAAGGAUUCCGCUGAGUUUCUGUGGACUCAACUGCAGGAACCGCUAGGGGCUGCUCUAAUGGCCGCCUUGCUGUUACGACGGUUUGCCCAUCACGCCGAAUCUUUGGUCACGAAGGAUGAGCUUCUGGAAUACGCUAACUCGUAUGAAGAGAAAGCAGGCGGGUUGCUAACAGAAUGCUUCACAGAGGAUCCACAUAACGCGGCUCAAGCCCUGAUUCGAGAACGAGCCAGUUUUGGUUAUAUGUCCUGUUUGAUGUUAGCUGCCGAUGGUCAUUCCAUGAGUUUCAUCUCGCAUCGAUGCUCCGAGCAGUAUCUGAAACAGGUCUGGUGCGGAGCGAUCGAUUCCCAGACAACCAAGUUCACAUUCCUGGUUAGCAUGGUAGUGGGUAUUGCGUUUCCUCCGUUGGUCCCGUUCACCUUGAAAUUCAAUCUGAAGCCGAUUCGAACGAAAGAAGAAAAGGACGAGGAUGAAAUUGUGGUGAAUACAACGCCCAGACAUGGGGUAAAAUUCGAAAAAUUUAUUCACAUCACCGAUCUAGAGAAAAAAUAUGGACCUCUUCAUACGUACAAGUAA